AAUUUCGUUGUCAGUUCUCGGCGAUCCUUUUAAGUGAGAAGAACGAGUGAGCAGUGAGAAUUAAAUAUAUUUCUAACAGUAAUAACGUGCGGCGAUAAUAUGAUACUUAGAUAUUGGAGAUCUGACAUAACAUUCUUAAUACUAUUAUUAAAUAGCUGCCUAAUAUCGAUAGCUAAUUUUUACCAACUUACUCCGUCUUACUCCAAGGUUUUGAUUGAUCAUAAUUGUAUAAUACCGAAGCAUUAUGACAUCCAAUUAGAUCCGAUUGUCGUUCCAAAUAUAAUGAAAUUUGAAGGCAACAUCAGUAUUGAAAUCGAGAUUAUUCAACCAAUACAAAUGAUAAAGUUGCAUGCAUUACAACCUUAUAUUAUAAACACAAAAAAUUUUGAAUUGCUAAUAAAUGUAACAAACGAGAUAGAAAACAAUAAUGAAUCAAAAACGUUUUAUCCGAUAUUACGUGAAUAUCAACAUACAACGCAAAUUAUGAGUCUUUAUUUUAUGGAAAUAAUACCAAUAGGAAUUCACACAUUGAAAAUGAGAUUUGAAAGUAUGAUAGAUAAUAACGUAGAAAAAGGCUCUUUUUUACAUAAACUGUUGCACAUAAACAAGAGCGGGAACAACAUGUUGAUCGCAACGCGUUUCGAGGCAAUGAAUGCUCGACGAGUAAUACCAUGUUGGGACAAACCACACUUAAGAGCUACCUUUCAAAUUUCUAUAAAGCAUCAUAAAAACUACACAGUUCUUUCGAAUAUGCAGAUACAAAUGCAGAAACCUCUAAAUGAAAUUGACAUGAUACUGACGACAUUCAACGUUACUCCUGCAAUGCCCACUUAUCUCGUGGCAUUUAUGGUGUCUACAGAUCAUCUUAUUUGCAAUCAUCCGGUAUUUAAUGAGGAAAAUACAUAUAUAGAAUGGCAACGGAUGUAUUGGAAGUUUAUCAUGGGAUACCAUGUGAAACCUGAUUUUUUUGACAAAAAUCCGAUUACCAACGAUUGGUACACAGAGGAUUUGUAUUCGGCAGACACGGAACUAAAAUUUGCACAGAUAAUUGCUGAGUAUGUCUCACAGCUUUUUGGAAUUGAAUGGUCGGCCACGCAAUUUAAUAUCACGAAAAUCACAAAACUUGAUCAUAUUGUAGUUCCGGAUCUACAAGUCGAUAGCAUACAAAAUUGGGGCAUCAUUUUGUAUAGGAAACAAGAUGUUAUCUAUAGAAUUGACAAAGAUCCUGUAAUUCACAAAAUUAACGUGGCGCGCUUAGUGGCAAGUGGAAUAGUACAUCAAUGGUUUGGUAAUAUAGUUAGUCCAUCUUUGUGGUCUUACAUUUGGCUGAAUGAUGGUAUUGCUACAUUAUUUGGAAUGGACGCCGUUGACAAGAUUUUUCCAAAUGUUCGAAUAAUGGAUUUGUUUGUUGUUCAAACUCAACAUGAAUCUCUUCAUUUGGAUACUAACUCCUUUAUGAAACCGCUUAUAUCAGAGAUAAAUGAUCCUUCGGAAAUUGAUUCAUGGUCCUUUUCUCGUUAUAUUAAAGCACCUGCAAUAUUACGCAUGAUGCAUAUGUUUUAUGAUGAUGCAUUUCGGAGGGGUCUCCAGAGAUAUGUUAAUAAGCAUGCUCUUAAAUCGGCUACUCUCGACGAUUUGUGGACUGCUAUACAAAUUGAACUACCUGAUUCGCCGCAUGUUAGCAAAUCACCUGUUAACAUACCACAUAUUCGCAUAUCGCAAAUAAUGGGUGCCUGGACAAAGCAAAUGCAUUAUCCUAUACUGAAUGUAAAACGAAAUUAUCACAAUGCAUCAUGUGUGACAAUAUCAGCAGAAAAUAAUCUAUCGGCUGAAGAUAAUUGGUUUAUAUUAGUGACCGUUACUACUGAAACUGAACUCAAUUUUGUCAAUAUUUAUAAUAAUUAUACUAGUUAUUGGCUAAUACUUACACCUCAACUUUAUCCAUAUUACGAAAUUUUCUUGCCACGUAUGACAGAAGGUUGGAUAAUAGCCAAUUUACAACAAAUGGGAUAUUAUCGCGUAAAUUAUGAUAUUAAAAAUUGGCAAAGGAUCGCAAGUUAUUUAAAUUCUGAUCAAUAUUUGAACAUACAUGUCCUCAAUCGUGCUCAAAUUAUCGAUGACGCAUUUCAUCUUACAAUAGCAGGAAAACUUGAUUCCUCUAUAUUCUGGGAUCUCACGAGCUAUUUAAAACAAGAAAAAGAUUACAUAGCAUGGUAUCCUAUGAUCAAAAUUUUCGAAUAUAUGUCGAGUAUCUUUAAACUUCCACUACAAAAAGUUACAGAAAUUAAGGUAUACUUUAGCAAUAUAUUAAGUAAACUUCUUGCUACAAUAGGAUAUUACGACAUUUCUGCAAACAUUAAUGACACUACUAAAUAUUUAAUACAAGAAGCCACAAGAUGGGCUUGUACAUUCGAGCUUCCGGAGUGCCUAAAUAUAGCAAAUAAUGAAUUGAAAAAACAACUCAAAUAUGCUUAUGGAGCGUCUAUACUUUAUCCAUGGUGGAAAGAAUGGACAUAUUGUAAGGGUAUGGUGACAGCGGACAAUAAGACUUGGUCAGCAACGUUAAAUUUAUUGAAGAAAAAUGCUGAUGAUAAUAAAAUUUUCGAAUAUUUGACUUGUGCUAAAGAUUUUGAUAUAAUCGUUCAAUAUUUGUCGCAAAUAAAGAAUGAAAAUGACUUUAAAAAGAAAACAUUUCCAACUAUUGAACGUAUUAAUAUCUUUUAUUCUAUUAUAACAAAGCAUGUAAAGAACAACAAAAUACUUGAACACAUAUUAUUUAAUUUUGAAGUAUUAAAACCUAGAGAAAUUAGUACAAUUGCAGCAUUAACUCAUAUCAUUAAUCAUGUGUAUUCUAAGAACCAACUUAAGAAGAUAAGCAAAUUUGUUAAAGAGUACCUAAACCGACAAAAUUCAAACAUUCACCAUAAGCUAGACCUACGCUGGUCUCAAAUCAGGAAUCUGACAAAUUAUCUUUUAAUAUUUUAAAAUUUGACGAUAUUCACAAAAGUAAAUGAUCAAUCAAGCAAAGAUAAUAACUAUAAUUAAAUCUUUUGAAUAAAAUCCAUAAUGCUCUUAUAUUUGUAUUUACCUAUAUAAUUAUAUAUUAAAUUUCUCUA